AUGUCUUCGGCGCCGAAUGAGAGCCCAAGGGGGCAGAAUGAGAAGGACGCCGCUGCCACCACGGCACAAGAUGCCUCCGUUGUCGUCGCUGACAACGGCAGCACCAACGACAGCCCGCCGACGUCGUCUUCACAAGCAUCACCACCAGCAGAAAAGCCCGCCGCCCCUGCUGGGCCGCCAAACGGUGGUUUGCAGGCAUGGCUCCACAUUCUCGGGUCGUUUCUGUUGUACUUCAACACAUGGGGUCUGAUAUCCAGCUUCGGCGCCUUUCAGGCGUACUACGCGUCUGAUAUCUUGCGCCACAACACCGCGUUCCAGAUCUCGACCAUUGGCUCUCUGCAGAACUUCCUGAUGGUCUUUCUGGGCUUCAUCAUCGGGCCCAUCUUCGACCUCGGCUACUCGCGCUACCUGCUCAUCAUCGGCUCGCUGCUCGUCCUCGUCGGACUCAUUCUGCAAGCCUUCUGCCAGAAUCUGUGGCAAUUCCUCCUCUGCCAGGGCCUCAUCAUCGGCAUCGGGACAGGCUGCCUCUCCACCCUCGGCGUCGCCCUCCCCUCGCAAUGGUUCUCGACAAGACUGCCCCUGGCCAACGGCAUCGCGGCCAACGGUAGCGGCGUAGGAGGCCUCGUCCUGCCCGCCCUCUUUCGCGCGAUGCAGCCCAAGAUAGGCUUCCGCUGGACCGUCCUCGUCUUCGCCCUGAUCUCCCUCGUGACUCUCGGCGUCUCCCUCCUCGUCAUCAAGACCUCCUCCCUCAAGACGCUGCCGGCCCGCCGCCCCUGGAUCGACCGCUCCGUCUUCCGCGACGCGCCCUUCCUCCUCUUCCUCGGCGCCUGCUGCCUCCUCUUCCUCGGCAUGUAUACCCCCUACGUCUACGUGCAAUCCUACGCUCUCGACAACGCCCUCUCCUCCCCGGACGUCGCCCUCUACCUCCUCUCCAUCCUCAACGGCGCCUCCAUCGUCGGCCGCAUCGUGCCGAAUUUCAUCGUGCCCUACACCGGCAUCCUCAACAUGAUCUGCGCCGCCGUCUUCGUCAUGUCCAUCGCCGCGUUCUGCUUCACCGCGACGGACAGCCAGGGCAGCUUGAUCGCGGUCACGGUCGUGUACGGCUUCUUCGCGGGCACGUUCUUCGCGCUGCAGCCGACCACGUUUGUGCGGCUCACGGCCGACAAGAGCUACAUGGGCACGCGGUUCGGUAUGGCCUUCACGGUCAUGUCGGUGGCCAUCUUGUUCGGGUCGCCCAUUGCGGGCGCGCUGUCGAGGUCGCAUGGGUAUUUGAGCGGGUGGAUCUGGAGCGGGUGCUGUCUGGCAGCGAGCGGGGUCACGAUAUUUGUUGCGAGGGGGGUUUCGGGCGGGUGGAAGGUGAAUAAGGUGGUUUGA